CUCCCAUGUGGUGUAGUUCCUCUGUUGAUAUUGCGAGCAGGUGUGUGGGAAGGUGUGGCCUGUGCAGGAAGAUCAGUGGGGAGAUUAGAGUUCAUCAGGAGAAGCUCUGAAAAGUUUUGCCUGUUUGACUGCAAUUAAAUCCUAAAUGUGCAGAUUUGACAUGUUGCAGCUCCUGCCCGUUGCGGUGUUGUGGUUCUACCUUCUCCUCCCGUCAAUGCUCUGUGACAACCUGCGCUGCUACUACAGCUACAUCCAGGAGAAGGGGAGGAAUGUUGAGCUCAUUGUGACAGAGUGUCCCCCUAAUGAGCUGUGCUUCAAGGCCGAUGGUCGCUACGGCAACCACAGUGUCCUGUCAGCCAGGGGAUGCAUGGCGGAGGUUGACUGCAGCCAGGUGCACAGCCUUACCAGUAAAGGAACAAUCUACAAAAUGACCUACAACUGCUGUGAUUGGCCAUACUGUAACUCCUGCCCGGGUAUCACACCUAAAUCCCUCUACUUUACUGUAACACUUGGAGUUGUAGCUGCGUUGGCCAGCCGGCUGUGACAACUGAUGUGCUACUGUACGUAACAGAUAUUUUUAGGGGCUUAUGUCAAGGGGGAAGAUGUAUUGUUCAACACCAAGUGAGCAGUGCUCAGAGGCAUCUCUGCAGCCUCAGCGUGGUGGAUGCCCAGUCUGAAGACACUGAGGUGUGCACCAUGAUAAUGGCAGACAUAUUCUUUUACAAUGCGGGUAUACAAAUGUCUUUUUAUAAUGUAUUAAUGUCUAUAAAUAAAUAUGUGGAAACAAACUUAUUCUAUGAUCUUUUGAAAACUUUCUGGCACUCACACCAUCAUGCAAAUACCAGACAGGGCUGGUG